UAGGGAUAACAAUACUUGUUCACGCACCGUUCUGCGCAUGUCCUAAAAUGUCGAUAAAAUGUGUUCUACAAUAUGGCGUACGGCUACACGGUAUCUUUGGAAAAUUGCAUACUACGUAGCCUUUGUUUAUUAAAUAAUGCUUUCCUCAUCAGUGACGUAUCAGUUUUUGUGUUCCGGUGAUAUAUUGAUUUAUGCCACUAGAUUUUUUGUGUAUCCCGGACAGUAUUAUUAUAAUGACUCGGUUAGUAUAUAAAUCGUAUAAAAUACUUUUUUUACUAGUUAAGCAACCAAAAUAAGGUUUAGUGAUACCCAAUCUACAUUCAUUUUAAGAGUUUUUUCAUUGUUUGAGUUAUUAUCUUGACUUUGUCUAUAAAAAGUUAUGCAUCCCACGAAGGAGUGGGGGUACAAAAUUGUCAUUUUUUUAUUUUGAUCAAGAAGCCGGAAAUGGCUGCUAUCACUGUGAUUCGUUAAUGUUAAAUCCUUAAACAGCUAAAUAAGGAUAAGACGUUUAAAAUUAAUAAUUUUAAGAAAAGAUUAUAACCAAAGUUUAAUUAUGUAGUAACCAAGAGUUGGUUUUAUGUUUUAUUUAUUACGUUAAAAAUUGUGUAUGGUACCGGUAGACAGUUUAUCGUUCUUCGUCAUAAUUAUUGAAUCAAUAUUUAAAUUUAAUAGUGUUACAAUAGUAAUGUCAAUAAUAAUAGGUACUUUGACACAAAUUUUAAAUUUAGUCCUAUUGCUAUGAAUGAUACAUUAUUUUAAAGGGCUAGCUAUAAGCUUUACAACAACACCAAUUUCAUCUUUCUAUCUUUUAUAGAAGUGGAGUUAUGAUUUUUUUGGUGAUUUUUUAAAACCCCUUCUUUAUCUUAGUAUUUAAAUGAAAAAACGUGUGACCCACUUUCCAAAUUUCUGCCUUAUUUUGCCCAAAACUUUUGGAUUUUAAAAGAUAAUGCUACCAAAUUUUCAGGAGAGAUUCUCAAUGCAAUAUACAACCCAAUAAACAACAAAACUUUUACAUAACAUCAAGACUUUUAUUUUUUUAAAUAUUUAUUUGAGGGUAUGUUCAGAAAAAAGUGAAGAGAAAAAUUGGGAAAAUCAUCAUUUAUACAGGAAAAAACGAAAAAAUAACAUGUUUAUUGAAUUUUAACUAAUUUUAUUAUGCUUGUUUUACAUUUUAAAUCAAUUAUUAUAUUUAUAAAAAGGUAAGUAGUCUUUUUUAUAUAUAUAAAUUGGAACGCAUGUAAUUAUAAAUAAAAAUUACUCAAAAUCAUCUAUGAUGAUGAGACUAAUUUAUUAAAAAAUGUUAUUUGAUAUAUUAAAUAAUUGUCUAUGUACUGCUUUUCUAUGUUCUAAUAAAAAUAUAAUUACAACGAUGAUGUUGUUUGAUUCUUGUUUAUUAAUUUGAUGUAUUUUAAUAAAACUGUUAUAUAUAGGCUUAACUAAAAAAUAUAUUAUUAGUAAGUGUGGUUGUUGAUUGUCGUAGUACUAGUAGUACUAGUAAUAGAAUUAUGAUUAUGAAAAAUUAAGCUUAGGCCUAAAUAGACUAUUAUAGGAUUAUAAUAACAGUUGUUUAUAAUUAUAACUGAUAUAUCGGCCUAAUUUUAGUAAUAUUCUCUGAAAUAAUUAUUAAGAGAAAAACGAUUAUUAAUUGUAAGUUUAAAUUUAGAUUUUAUUUUAGAUACUAAGUUUAAGUCUAAGUCAUUUUCAUUUAGUCAUCUUCAGACUAAUCAGACUCACAUUCCCGGAGUCAUUCCCACAAUUGGCAAUGAUUAAUAAACUAAACUAAUUAUUAACUAUUAAUUAGGCCUAAUUACUAAUAACUAAUUAAAAUGAGUUUACUUUAGUAGGCUAGAAAUACCAAUAGAAGACAGAGUAAGAGUUAAUUGGGGUUCUCAAUCAGGUCAAUCUCAUUCACUCUCAUUCAGUGUGAUUCAGUCUCAGCACCCAUUUGUUUAUUUUGAUUAUAAACAUUAAUUAUUAAUAUUACUAUUACUAAUUAAUUUAUUACUAUUAGCAGUAGCCUAAAUAAUUGUAAUAUGCAAAAAAAUCUUUUUUCCCCUCAUUGCUGUUAUUCAGAGAUCACAUAGCUCCAGCAGUGAUUGGAGCCCUGGUAUGAAAAUCAUAUUAUUCCUCCCCUACCCCACUUUUUAAAAAUAAUUGAGCCCCUGGCCUUAGCCUUAGCUGAGCCACUGGGUGUCGUGGAGUAUGGAGAGUUAAUCAAAUAUAUAACUUAUUUGCACUAUAUUAUAUAUUUGCUUGAAUAUUAUAUCAAUAUCACUACUAAAUUUUAGUAGUUUAGUAGUGUAAGUGUAAUUUUAGUUGGCCUAAACAUUGACACUGCUAAUUUAAAAAAAAAAAAGAAUAGUUAGCUUAGACCUGUCACUGUUGUUGCACCGGUGAUACAUUGCUAACAUUCAUCUUUAGGCGACUUGUAGUACUGAAUUAUAAACUAAACUAUACACAGCUCCACUACAAAAUAGCCAAUAUUUUUUAAAUACUUGAAAAUGGGCAUGUCUCAGAAUUUAAGCAAUAAUUUUUAGUUAAUCAUGUACUAAAAGGUUGAAAACCGGUGAUGUUCAUGCUACACAUACAAUGUCUAGUGUUAACUGUUAAGUUAUUUAGUAAGAAAAAUAGUAAUUAAUUUAUUUACCUCACAAUGAUUUUAAUGUUUAUUAAAUACAUAAAUUUACUAUCAGAAAUUUUUAUGGCAUAUCACUAUUUUGUGAAUAAUAAUUACAUUAACAGCAUGUUUUUAAUAAUCUUGUGAUGAUGAUAGCUGAUGAAAACUACCUACGUCAAAAAUGUGACAAGCUGAAUACUUAUAAACAUUUUCAGGGUCUUAGUGUUUCAUCUAUAUUUAUGCUUAAAAUAUUUAAUAUUAAUAUUAAUCACUCUUAUUCUGCUCUAUGUUAAAAAAAUAAAUGAUCUACUUUCAGAUCUUGACCACUCAGAGGCUGCAACAGCAAAAAUGGCAAACGCUCUUGAAAAUCAUUUGCUCCAGGCAACACAAAUCAUUGAGACCCAACUGGAUGCUGAAAUUGAGCGACUUGAAAAGCUUGAUGAUGAUGACCUAGAAGUCUUGCGCCAGCGUCGCUUAGAAGCCAUGAAAAAAGCUCAGCAACAGAAACAAGAGUGGUUGGCCGCUGGCCAUGGCGAGUACAGUGAGGUGGCUGAUGAAAAGGAAUUCUUUGAUACUUGCAAGAGGAGCAAAAAAGUAGUCUGUCAUUUUUACAGAGAUGCCACAUUUAGAUGCAAGAUUGUGGAUAAACAUCUUGCUGAAAUAGCUCGCAAACAUCUGGAAACCAAGUUCAUCAAAAUUAAUGCAGAACGGAGCAAAUUCCUGGUUGAAAGACUGAGGAUCACAACUCUUCCAACUCUGUGUCUUGCCAAGGAAGGCAAAACUGUCGACUACAUCGUUGGGUUCGAUGACCUUGGUGGUACGGAUGAAUUCCCCACAGAAAUGCUGGAAUGGAGACUCGGCAGAAGUGAAAUGAUCAAUUAUCAGGGAGAUCUGCUGGAGCCACCAACUGACAAGAAGAAGAAAAGUAAAUCCAGCAAAAUAUUUGGCAGAGCAUCCAAGACAAAGAACUUGAGAGAUGAUGGAAACAGUGACAGUGAGGACGAAGAUUGGUGAAAUGUGUUGGACAUUAUUUUAUGUUCGUGAUGAGAGAGACGUAAAAAGAAUGAGUUAUUUGGAAGUGAAACUGUAGCAGCAGAUUGAAUAGGUCUUUGCUUGAUGUUUGUGUUGAAAAGUUUAUUUAUCAUUUUAAAAAAAAAAAAUGGAACCAAAUGUUUUCCCCCACGAAUAAAUGGAUUCUUACAUUGAGCAAAAAAUUAUUAAAUUUUUAAAUGGGUACCGGUAUUUCAGGAACUUUAUAGAUCAAAUUUUAGCUGAAACUUGAACACAAAUAUACUCUUUUUAUCACCUUUUUAUUAUGGACAUGGAAAUGAUAUCAAUGAUAUGGAACUUGUAUUACCAUAAUUUAAUUGAUAUGGAUAAAUAUUUUAAAAUCUCUUACUUUUUUUUAAAGUGGAUUUUUUAAACUCAUACAAGGCUUUUUGCCAUUAGCCAUUAGGUGGAUGUGAUGCCCAUAUUUUCAAUUGCUGCUUCAGAUGUUUUUAGUGAUGAUUAUAACUUAUAUUUUUACUUUGUAUUCAAAUGAAUACAAAUUAUAUUAUAAUUUGUAAGAUGUGUUUUAAAAGCCAAUUUUUUAAAAUUUUAAUUAAAAAUUUCCAAAAACAGUGCCCUGGUCUUCUUUCUUUAUAUUGUGGCUUUAGUUUCUUUUUGAGAGUAAUUUAAAAUGAUAAAAAAAAAAAUUGAUAACUUUUCAAUCCAGUACUUUGUGUGAGCUUAGAAGAUUGUGCUCUAAUAGCAGGUGUUGACAACCUUUUGGUAUUAGCAUGUCAAAGUAAGACCUAUCUCUUUCUGCGUGCCUUCCCUAUGCCAAUGAAAAUGGCUAUGCGUGCCAAGUCUGGCACUUAUGCAAACUGCUGGACUAUAGUAUUAGUAUUAAUAUUAUCUGUAAAAGAAAUAUUAAUUUAAGAGUUGAUUUAUCGUAGGGGUCCACAACCAACAGCGUAGGGGUCCACAACCAAUGGCGCAUGUGCCAGACUUGGUAUGCAAAGCCAUUUUCACUUGCUCUUGGAAGACCAAAAGAAAUAAAUAUAAAUGACUAUCAAAUGCUUCUUAAAUGUUAGACUUAGAGUUGUUGGCACGCUGAAAGUAUUAAAAGACUCACUUUGGCACCUAAAUACCUAAACGUUGUCAACCCCUGACGUACCUUAUAUUUUGUUCAACUGACUUCGGAAUUAGUCACAAUUUAUCUUAUAAAAGUAAAAGAAAACUAAAAAAUAAAAAACAUUAUGCAGCAUAAAAUUUAAAACUUUAAUCAACGUAACUUGCAAAAUAACACUUAUAAUAAAUUAUGAUUAUGGACAUGCUUUGUAUUAAUAUAAUAAAAAAAGAAUGUUAAUUUUAACAUGUGUGUGCCAUAAGUUCUGAUGCUAACCAGGUAUACUGCAGUGAGGUAAAUUUUUAGAACAUUUAUCUCAAUACUAUUCUAAAAAUGUUAUAUUUUUUCAUUUACUUUUGACAAUUUUGAAACCUGCUUACAAUGCAUAAAAAAAUUCUUUAAAUAGUAAUAUGAUUUCAGACUUUUCAAAUAUAUGGACUAAAUGUUAGCUUUUUUAAAAUGAUACAUUUUAAUUUUUGACUUCAGUAUUUAAUUUAAAUAUUUGAUCAAUAAAUUAGGAUGAAAGCUAAGUCAUCCAUCUGUCAGAUCUUGUUCUUUGCUCCUGCAAAAUUCUUGCAUUAGACUUUAACCUUGUGACUAGCAAAAAACUGAAAUAUAAGAGGUAUUAUAAAGUCAGUUAAUAAUGCCAGCCAAGAAACAGAAAAUGUUGUGUAAUAGAACUAAUAUUGCAAGAGAAAUGCACAGUCAGUUUUAUGAUUUCUUAAUGGGAAUUAAAUUAUGAAUUUUUUCCUACAUUUAUCAACCUAAUGCUUAACCCCAAGUUACCAAAUGGUUUUAAUAGCAAAUAUAAACAUUUUUAUAACUUGAUUCAGGUUAAACUUCACCCACAAACUGUCCAUUGUAUCAAUCUGUACAGUGCUGGCAAUUUUGAGCUUUUUGGGUGCCUUUGAAAAAUGUGAUUUUUCAUAUGCAAAUGCUAUAGCUAGACCCCAUAAAGUAUAUAUUUAAUUUAUUGAAAGUAGACUGAGUGGGGAAUCAUACUGGCUAUUUUUUAAUGAUAUUUUAUGCUCGCUGACCAUAACCUUGACCUUGGAGUGACCAAGAAUAAAGAAAAUAAUGAAAAUUUUUCUUUUCAAGUACCUCAAACUACAAUUUUUUGAAGGCAUAUUAUUAUAAUGUUUAUAUAAUAUGAUGAAUUUGAGAAUUUGUAUCUUUCAGAAAAUGUAUUAUUUCUAAAUGUUGUUAAUAGAUGUUAAAAAAAAAAAAUUUUAUCUGAUGUGGUACUCAUAAUUACGUUCAAGUAACAAAGCACGACAUAAACAAUAUAAACAUUACUAAAUAGCAAGAAACAGAUAAAAAUUGUAAAAGCUGCUAUAUGAACAUUAAUCCAUAAAAUGAAAUAUAAAUAAACAUAUAUAGAACAUC